ACUUCCGAACACCAGAGGCUCCAUUCCGCGCAGCUGUCCCCGGCCAUUUUGCUUUUUUUUUGGUUUGCAAAUUCACGAUGGAUGGUCUUGGAAUCCAGGGACAAUCUCAUCUGACCUCGAGGACAGUAAACUCUUUCUCGUAUAAACUCAGCACUGUUCUCUCAACCUCGUAUGCCGACUCGGAGUUCCGGGAUGCUCUCUCCCUCUUAGACGAGCGUGGUGUUAAAAGCAGUUUGAAAGAGCGACGUCAACUUCGACUGGAUGCGCAGAGAGAUGUCAUUCGGAGUAACGGUAACAUAGUGACCGAGUUUGGCCGAGUUGCUGAUAAACUGCAGCGGAUAAAGGCCACUCUGGACCAGUUGAAUGUCUCCUACCUGGAUAUGCGAGAGCGCAUAGGUGGUGCUCACGACCAAUGUUCCUUAGUGUUAGAUGACGCGUCAUCGCUCAUGCGACAACGUUCCGAAGUCGCUGCUAACCAGCAGCUCUUACGGACCUUUCGUGACCGCUUCCUGCUCACUGAUGACGAGGUGCUCUCCCUGACCUCGACGGCCCAAUCUGUGGACGAUGAGUUCUUCGCCGCAAUGGCCAAGACCAAGAGGAUCAGAAAAGACUGCGAUAUCUUGCUCGGCUUCGAAAACCAGUCACUGGGCCUUGAAAUCGUGGAGCAGAUAUCCAGGAACCUGAAUCUCGCGUUCCAGAAACUCUAUAAAUGGGUCCAAAGAGAAUUCCAAACAUUGAAUCUCGAAAACCCCCAGCUUAAUGCUUCUAUCCGUCGCGCCAUCAGGGUACUGGCAGAGAGGCCUUCCCUUUUCCAGGGUUGUUUGGACUCCUUCGCCGAUGCCCGGCAACUCAUACUAUCAGAUGCGUUCUACCUGGCCUUGACAGGCACUACGGCGACUGACCAGCCCAACUCUGGUAUGAAACCGAUUGAGAUGGCCGCCCAUGACCCUCUCCGUUACGCGGGAGACAUGCUAGCAUGGUUACACUCUGCCGCCGUGGGGGAGCGGGAGGUUCUUGAGGUUCUUUUCUUGGAAGACGGAGACGAGAUUGCCAAAGGCCUGCAAUCCGGCCACGCGGACAGAAUAUGGCAGCUCAUGCAGGACGUCGAACCCAACACUGUGGCGAGCGGAUUCGACUCGUUGAAGGCCCUACACGACUUGGUCGAUAGAGAUUUGUCAGGGGUAGGCAGGAUCCUUAGACAACGGAUAGAACAGGUCGUUCAAUCCAACGAGGAUAUCAUUCUAGCUUACCAGCUCGCCAAUCUUCUGGGAUUUUAUCGAUACACCUUCACCAAACUGCUCGGCGAAGAUACCGGUCUCUAUCAACUGAUGUCGAGCUUGGAGGCGGAAGCGUUACGGCAGUUCCGUUCUCUCGUGAGGGAUCAAAUUGCCACAUUACAGGGGGAAUUGCAGCGCACACCUUCCAAUCUAGGCCCCCCAGACUAUCUAAAUGAUGCGCUUCGGCAAUUGACAACCAUCAUGCAGACAUAUGAGACAUCUCUAUCUGCGUCGACUGACCGAGAGGCCGACUUCCAGUCCGUUCUGACAGAAGCCUUCGAUCCAUUUAUCGCAGGCUGUAAGAGCAUGGCCAAGGCCAUCGACCCUCACGAUGGCGCAAUUUUCAAUAUAAACUGCCUCGUAGCCGUCAUGGCGGCCUUGCAACGUUUCGAGUUCACCCGGAACCGUGCCAAGAUGCUCCAGGCUCAGGCCGACGACGAUUUGGACAAGCUCGCCGAUGCUCAAUAUCGCUUUCUCCGGGAGGCUUCUGGUCUCGACGAGAUGUUCACAUGCCUUGGCCCCUUAUGCAAAGACCCCAAAGACCUCGAAAAUCUCCACCUACUCCACCCAAUGCGCCCUGAGGCUCUCGCCCGUGCGAGCCAGAUUUUAGACGAGUUUCUUCCCUCAGCGCUCAUGGAUGCAAUGGAUAGAGUCAAGCUCAUCCAGGACUCAAACCUGGCUCGUGAGGUGACAGAGAAGGCCGCAGAGAAGUUUUGCCGGGAUUUCGAGCAUGUUGAGAAGAUUCUCAUCGCGGCGGACGAAGUAUCCGAGCUAGCGCCCAGGGAGGGACAAGACGAGGUGCCAUCAUUCAAGUCUUUGUUCCCCAGAACGUCUGGGGAAAUCCGAGUGCUGCUGUCAUAG